GAAGUAUCUAGGAUGCCUCUCAUGGAGAAGGAUACCUCGUAGAGAUGUGUGAGAGGUUGCACAAACCUCUCAGCGAAUUUGGUAAGGACCUCCCUGGGGAGGCAGGUCUCAGAGGGCCUGCGAGGGAAUGCAAGAGUGUGUACUAUUAUUAGAUGGUGGGGGGGUGGGUCUCAGAGACUAGACUCGUUACGCUCUACAAGAAAACCGGGUCUCUUAGACCGUGGGAACGGGAGGUGCCAAAGGUGCAUAUCUAGCACGGACGCUAUCGUCAUACACCACUGACAUUCCCCGGUCGCUCACUCAUCCCUCGAACAUGACCUACGUCUCAAAUGAUCCCAGUCACUGGCCGUAUAUCAGUUUAAUUUUUUUUUUCAGCUAUUGGGCAGUUGCCGCCGGCGUCGUGGUGGUAUAUGAUUGGGUCUUAACACUCGGACAAGAGAUUGAACUCAUCUGGAGACAACGCUGGUCUCUCAUGACCGUGCUUUAUUUGAUUAUACGCUAUAUUGGAAUACCGUAUUCUAUUGUCAAUAUUCUGGAAGCUAUGCCAUCGGUAUCGCUCACAGAUGCAGUAAGCACUGUCACGUACUACGCAAUAAAUGGCUCAAAUGUGGCGUUGACUGCCAUGUUGGGCGUGAUCAUGAUUGCUCGGCUGCAUGCCAUGUAUCAGGGAUCUAGAAUGAUGCUUGUGUUCCUUGUUAUUAUCUUCCUGGCUGUAAACAUCGCCUGUGGCGUAUUGGUGGCAAUAGGACUCAACGAUAUUGUACUGGAGGAGUUCAUACUCUCUGGCAUAUGUAUAUGCGGUGAUGUAUAUGGAGGGGAAGAUCAGCUUCUGCCUUCAAUGGUUUGGAUGCUCAACACUAUUUGGGAGGUCCUCGCACUGUGCCUUUCAGUCUGGGUUGCUGUAAAACACUUCCGUGAGCUGCGACGACUCAGUCCAUCGACAGGAUCGACCAUCGGGGACUGUUUCAGAGUGCUGAUACAAUCUCACGUUCUUUAUUUUGCAAGCUUUGCUGGUGUCUCUGGCCUCCAGUUUACUUAUCUCUCUCCAGAAAUCGCGAAUACAAGUUCUAUUGGAGUUCUGAUAGUCGAAGGAGUUCUUCAAAUUUUAUUGUCCAUUCAGAUGUUUGUGGUGGGACCACGCCUCAUCCUGAGCGUUCGAGAAUACCACACCAAACUCGUGGCAUACUCCGACGCAGAAAUCAGUAUGAAUUCGAUUGUUUUCCAGGAGCAUGUACAUGUAUCAACUAGCAGUACUGUGUAGGGAAAUGCGUGCCGAGUGGCCUGCAGGGAGGAGAAAUUCGGUGGAGGAUCCGUCGUGAUAUUAUUUAACAUAUAGGGUUUCGAAGUAUAUUCAAAAGUCCCAGGCAAACCUACUUCUUGUUGUAUCAUUACUGGAACGAAGCACCC